CUGAUUCCAAUUUUCCCACUCUCUGGUUCUGGGCCAGCCUCACCCAGAAUUUCUCCCUCCCACACACCCAUCUCCAAUUCCUCCUUCUCCCUCUCUUCUCUGUGGUGGUCGAUUUGCGUCAUUGUCUGAGAUAACCACCACUGUCGUCACCUACAUCGCAACCUGGAAAGCAUGUAUUGCAACAAUGGUCUAGUGUGGUUGUUGGGUUUCGCUAGACCUUAAGCUUUCGCAGACAUGGAUUUCAUACUUUCUUUGACGCAUUUCUGCGAGGUGCAUGGUCCAACCUCGAUCAUUUGCUCGCAGGUUCUUCCUUUCGCCUGCCAACAAUGCUAUCCCGAGCCUUCCGACUAUUCUCCCACUGAUACCCCUGCCACUUCUCACGACACCGCUUCCUCCCAUGGCAUGCAAAGUCAGACAAACAGCAAGCCCCCUUCAUCCGCUAAACUAUCUGAAAGGAGCCCGGAAACCGGCGACCGGUCGCCUCGGAUGGAAGACCACCCGUAUUUUUUGAAGACCAAGACCCCACCCGCCGAGAGCCAGCAACCUUCGAGCCAUCUGGGAGGCGCGGAGGGGGACACCUGUGCCAGUUGUAGUUUGACGCUACCAGAGAAUGUAAGCAAGCAGCUACCACCUGGGGCACCGGGGGCACCCAAGAGUGAUGGCAAGGGUCGGAACGGUAGUCCGGUCCUGCGCUCCCGGCAGGUCGUCUACACCUGUGGCAAUAGUUCAGCUGAUCAUGAAGAUGGCGACCCGCACGUCCAUCAAUCCUAUCCGGAGUCUCUCCAUUCGUCCUCUGUUACGUCAGAUGCUUCUUGCCACUCACACAUUCUCACCUACCUGUCCCUGCGUGGACCUCCAAAUCCUACCGAUUACGCCAUCCUUCGUCGCUCGUCGAUCCGGACCCUGAGUUGUGAGCUCUUACCACGCGGACUAUCUUCCGGACCCUUGAGUUUCGGGGACGGAAUCGCCGGCUAUACCAUCGCGUUCGUCUUUCGUCUUCCCGAUCCAAUGGCUCGUGGGAAACGACGCAGCUACGCCUUCCUCGCCUUGGCGGGCAGAGAUGGGGGCAGGGCAUUCCGGGCCUCCCCCGUCAUUUGGCGAACCUUCGGGCGCAUUGCCGCCGGAAUGGCAAACUCAGCAGAGAAGUUCCAGGAGGAAGAGAAACGCCGGGAGGAGCAGAACAAGCGCCCUGACAGGGACGGAAAUAAACCAUACACCCCUGUUUCUUCAUUCCUCACUGGACGUGCACUGGAUCCGGCCGGGCAACUCCGCCGGCCUGGGCCCGUUCGUGCAAGGAACCUAUCGGAGAUCACGGGUAACCAGUACAUUUUUGCGGAAAUCCACGCGCAUUUUGUAGCUCUUCUCCAACAGCUUGGCCACCAGUUCGGCACAUACCCGGUCUCGGAAGAGCAAAUCAUCAGCACUAUCCGCGAAGAGGAAGGUAUUGCUGCAGCGAGACGGCAGUCUACCUCUAUGGCAGGUGGGAAGGAAAAGUCUCGUCGCAAAGCCUCCCAGCAAUUCGGUGAUGAUACCGAUCUGGGAAUGUCGACUUUGAACCUGUCUUCGGCCGCCGGACCAAAGCCUAUCCCCAUCACCCCUCGCCGACCUGUUGUCGCUUGAGUUAUCAUGGCUCACUUCUUUCAACAAGUGGAUCCACAAUUUACAAUCAACCGAUCCACAACAUAUCAAUCCCCGUGAUGUUUUAUCACACUAGCUACCACGCUUUGCUAUACCACGU